CGUAUGCGAGGAAGAAAGUGAGAGACCCUCGAAUAAGGCGAACUGGAAAAGAGAUCCCGUUUCUCCCUCGCGAAGUAUUUGGCGACGGACAAACAGUGGGCGCAGCAAUGGCGGCGCAGCAGCCGGUGCAGAAGAACACGCUCUACGUCGGAGGAUUGGCAGAGGAAGUCAACGAGUCCAUACUCCACGCCGCGUUCAUCCCCUUCGGUGACAUUAAAGAUGUCAAGACUCCGUUAGAUCAGGCCACUCAGAAGCAUCGCUCCUUCGGGUUCGUUACUUUCCUCGAGAAGGAAGACGCCUCCGCGGCCAUGGACAACAUGGACGGAGCCGAGCUCUACGGAAGAGUACUCACCGUCAAUUACGCUCUCCCGGAGAAAAUUAAGGGCGGUGAACAAGGAUGGGCUGCUCAACCUAUUUGGGCGGAUGCCGAUACAUGGUUUGAGCGCCAGCAACAAGAAGAGGAAAUGCAGCGAAUGCAAGAAGAGAACCGUGCUGCAUUGCAGGCUGCAGAGGACUUGCAUAGAAAGAAGAAGGCAGAUGAGCGAGAAGGAGAGAAGGAAGAAGAAACUGAGGCCAGAGAUGACCCGAUGGCGAGGGCUGAAGCACAAGUCUUGAAUCAGAACGGUUCCUAGCUACAUGCAUAUAAUGUUGUGAGAUGAGUUUUCUUGUCAUGUAACUGCUCUUCAAGCUCUUAACUAUAUGAUCACUUGCUCUUUUCCUCUCAUCGACUCAUAAACCGCCCAAAAACUACACUCUGUCAGUCCUCUCAUUGUCUCUUGAAACUUUUCCUCUCGGUCAUUUUGAGAGCUCUGUUUUGUCCUGCUUUCUUUUCCUUCACUUCCCAGUGCUGAUUUACAUUUCUCCAAUUAUCUCAAGGGCAUUUUCUUUGAAUGCUCUCUAGAGUUAUUUUCCACAAAUUACAAUUCAGAUCUGUGUCUUAAGACGUCAGUCUCCAUGAGCCAAGAGGACCUAUGUUUACAGUUUUACAUCCUUCCACAAACUUUUGUGAUUCAGAAGAGUUUUGUCUAAUAUGUGAGUUUGGUUUCAAAGUCUUGAAGCUAGGGUGUAAGGAAGAUGUCACGUUGUUUGGCUCUUCCUGAUCUUGCUUCUCCAACCUGAUGAUGGUGCUCCGGUUCUUGCCCUGCGGCUGCAGCAGAGUGCUUUGGUCGUCUUUGUUGGUCGCUUGUUUGUUUGGUGGUCGUGCUGCUAGCGACGGCAGUGGCAAGUGGUUGUUCGUUUCUUUUGCUGGUCGCAGCUCGUGAAGCAGAACUGCAAUAGGCGGCAGUGACUUACUUGGACCUUGGUAAUGUUUGGCAAGAAUAGUACUAGAAUUCGCUUUGAACCUUUGUUUAUACGCUCGUGGAUGGUGUUGCUGGGUGUCUUUGUUGGAAAUGAUUUGAUCCAACUUUAUGACCAUCUAUUUUUUAUCGGGUAAAUUGCAAGUUUGGUCACUUGAAAUACUAUAAAAUUUUACAUUUGUC